AUGCCAUGUUAUUCUAGAACUAACAAUGAUGGUUGGAGCCUGUUGAAAACUGCCUCCUCUCGUCCCACUAGUAUGACCGGUCCGGGCCCGGGUUCCGUAAACAUGGCGACACACGUGGCACGCACGCCGCAUAGGCAGCCGGAGCGAGUGACGCAGCGGAGUGGCGUGGGCGCUGGCAUCCUGUGCGCCCGCGAGGCACAUCACCACGGUCUAUCCUGGCCCUGGAAAUAG